UUUUCGGGAGGAGGAUGCAGUGGCCGCUGCAGCGGUGAUAUAUGAAAAGAGCAGAGGGACAUGGCAGUGGACCAGGGCAAUGGUUGUGCUUCCGGCGAUUAAGGUCAUGAUUUGGCUUUGCUUGGCAAUGUCGCUGAUGCUCGUCGUGGAGAAGUUGUCCAUGGCCGUCACCGUCUUGUGCGUUAAGCUCUACCGGCCACUAAGGCCGCACCGAGUCUACAGGUGGGAGCCACUUCCAGCGAUCGCCGGAGACGAUGAUCCCGAACUUGGCUCUUAUGUUUAUCCCGCUGUCCUUGUCCAGAUUCCAAUGUUCAAUGAACGAGAGGUUUAUCAUUUAUCCAUUGGAGCAGCAUGCGCACUCACAUGGCCAUCCGAUCGCCUAAUAAUACAAGUUCUUGAUGAUUCAACUGACAAAACAAUUAGGGAUUUAGUACAAGCGGAAUGUGAAAGAUGGACUAAAAAGGGAGUGAGCAUACACUACAUUUCAAGGGACAAUAGAAAUGGAUAUAAAUCUGGCGCUCUAAGAGAGGCAAUGGAUUUUGAUUAUGUCAAGACCUGUGAUUUUGUUGCUAUUUUUGAUGCUGAUCACCAACCACCCUCCGAUUUUCUAAUGCAAACCAUCCCUUUUCUUAUUCAUAAUCCGGAUCUUGCUCUGGUCCAAGCUCGUUGGAAAUUCGUAAAUGCUGAUGAAUGCUUGAUGACGAGGAUUCAAGAAAUGUCCUUAAAUUAUCAUUUCGUAGUGGAGCAGGAGUCGGGUUCUUCGACGAUAGCAUUUUUUGGAUUUAACGGUACUGCUGGUGUUUGGCGAAUCUCUGCUGUUGAUGAAGCUAAAGGAUGGAAAGAUCGAACAACUGUGGAGGAUAUGGAUCUAGCAGUCAGAGCAUGUUUGGAGGGCUGGAAAUUUGUCUAUGUUGGUGACCUUAACGUUAGAAGUGAACUGCCAAGCACUUAUAAAGCAUAUCGCUAUCAACAGCAUCGUUGGGCCUGCGGACCUGCAUGUUUGUUCAGAAAAAUGGCCUCUGAAAUUAUGAGAGCCAAGAAAGCAUCAAUAUGGAGGAAGUUGUUUUUGAUCUACAACUUCUUUUUCGCAAGAAGAAUCGUGUCUCACAUUGUUACCUUCUUCUUCUACUGUGUGAUCAUACCGUUAUCUGUUUUCUUUCCUGAAGUGAAAGUUCCAGUUUGGGGUGUGGUUCUUAUUCCAUCGAUAAUUACAUUCUUGAAUGCCAUCGGGACGCCAAGCUCCAUGCAUUUGAUGCUUAUAUGGAUAUUUUUCGAGAAUGUAAUGUCAUUGCACAGAUGCAAGGCGGUCUUCAUCGGUCUAUUGGAAGCUGGGAGGGUGAAUGAAUGGAUUGUUACUGAGAAACUCGGCAACAUGUUGCAGAUGAAGCAAAUGCCCUCUGUUGCGGCCAGCAAAUUCUGGGAGAGAUUUCAUUUCAUGGAGAUAGGGGUUGGAAUAUGGCUAUUGAUCUGCGCAUGGCAGGACUUCAAGUACAGAACAGAGCAGUACUACAUAUUUAUCUUCCCUUCAUCACUAGCAUUUAUUAUCAUGGGAUGCGGCUACGUUGGAAGAUGAUAUACAAAUCCUAAUAUCAUUCCAUUUUAUGAUGGUCAUGGAUCUGGUGCCAACUGUAAUUCUUUGCAGCAUUCCGUUUCAUUUUUCUCUGAGAGUAUACUUCAGUUAUUUAAUGGAGAGCAUUUUAUAUAGAGAGUACAAAAA